AUUCAUACGGUGAAGGCUUGAACAUACUUUUGUUGAAUUAGUUUUGAAUUAAACGUUUGACCUUUGCAGAGGUUACUUUCGUAAUAACUCAAUUCUGUUGUCAAUAAUUUGGGAUUGGUUUCAGUUUUACAAUGAAGGUAAUGCACGCAUAUCGCUGUGCAAAAAGUUUGCUGGUAUGCCAGAGGAUCGCACAGCAAUCGGUGUACAAUAUUCUAGCUCUACACAGCCAAAGAUUACGACUCAUUAUAGCGUGAUACCGCGAGAAAAUGACGACAGAUGGAAAGACACGGAAAUGGAGAGAUUUUCUGAUGAGGCCGAUGUUAUUGUUGUGGGUGGUGGACCUGCUGGAUUGUCAUGUGCGAUUAAAAUAAAACAACUUGCCAAAGAAAAGGGAAAAGAUAUAAGAGUCUGCUUGUUCGAAAAAGCACAGGAAAUAGGAAUGCACACUCUGUCCGGAGCUUGCCUAGAACCUCGUGCUCUAAAGGAAUUAUUCCCUGACUGGAAAGAAAGAGGGGCACCUCUACAUACACCUGUUAAACAUGAUAGAUUUGCAAUUCUGACAAAGAACUGGAGAAUUCCAAUUCCAAUAUUAAAAGGGUUCCCAAUGCACAAUGAUGGCAACUAUGUUGUAAGGUUGGGGAAUGUUGUGAAAUGGCUUGGUGAACAGGCUGAGGAAUUAGAAGUAGAGAUAUAUCCUGGCUUUGCAUGCACUGAUAUCUUGUACCAUGAUGAUGGGAGUGUGAAAGGAAUUGCUACCAAUGAUGUUGGGAUUCAUAAAGAUGGAUCACCAAAGGACAACUUUGAGAGGGGAAUGGAAUUCCAUGCCAAGGUCACAAUAUUUUCCGAGGGUUGCCACGGUGCUCUAGCCAAGCAGUUGUACCUGAACCAAGACUUUAAUCUAAGGGAAAAUUGUGACCCUCAAGCCUAUGGAAUUGGAAUAAAGGAGGUAUGGUCAGUAGAUAAGUCAAAAUGGAAACCAGGUACAGUAGACCACACCAUAGGAUGGCCAUUGGACCGUAACACAUACGGUGGGUCUUUCCUUUAUCAUCUGGAUGAAGGGGAACCUCUUGUGGCUGUUGGGUUUGUGACUGCCCUUGACUAUUCAAACCCGUAUCUGAACCCAUUCCGAGAAUUUCAGCGCUUCAAGCAUCAUCCAUCAGUACGUGGGGUAUUUGAAGGGGGUACAAGGAUAGCUUAUGGGGCACGUGCAUUAAAUGAAGGAGGGCUUCAGAAUAUUCCGAAACUUGCUUUUCCUGGUGGUUGUCUAAUAGGUUGCAGUCCUGGUUUUAUGAAUGGGCCAAAGAUAAAAGGAACGCAUACAGCUAUGAAGAGCGGUAUUGUGGCAGGGGAAGCUGUGUUUAAUGCUCUCACUGAUGAUGAACGAACAAACGAAACACAAGGCCUUUAUGUUCCUGAGUACGAGGAGAUGCUCAAAAAAUCUUGGCUGUGGAAAGAAUUAAAGAGUGUGCGUAACGUUCGUUUAUCGUUUGAUACUUUUCUUGGAUGGUAUGGGGGGUUAUUGUAUACUGGUUUGUUCUAUGUACUUGGGAGGGGAAAGGAACCAUGGACCUUUAAAACUAAAGGACCGGACUACAAGCACCUAUUACCAGCAAGUGAAUGCAAACAGAUAGAAUACCCGAAACCUGACAACAAAAUAUCGUUUGAUCUUCUUUCAUCAAUUGCACUCAGUGGUACAAACCAUGAACAUGACCAGCCAGCUCAUCUCACGCUUAAAAACGAUGACAUUCCAGUCAUGAGGAAUCUUGCUGUGUUUGAUGGACCUGAACAACGCUUCUGCCCCGCAGGUGUAUACGAGUACGUACCAUUGGAAGGCGGUCAAGACGGCGAAAUGCGGUUGCAAAUAAAUGCACAAAACUGUGUCCACUGUAAAACAUGCGACAUUAAGGACCCGAGCCAAAAUAUUAACUGGGUUUGUCCAGAAGGUGGCGGUGGCCCCGCUUAUAAUGGAAUGUGAUACCUCUGUUUCUAUAAAUUAACGCGAUAUGCAAGUUUAGAGUUUAUUUAUACGCCAAGUUCAUACUACUCAACAUAAUGGGCAAAACUGCGAGUGGCGCAGAGUUGAUUGUUUAUGAAAAAUUCCGUGUGUUUAAAGACAUAAUACAGGUAUUUAUGUUUUUUUUGUGUUUCCUCAAUUAAAUAUGAACAUUACAUUUAAUGUGAUAUAACAACCGUCGUUUUGCAACCACGCGAGGAUAAAGCAAGUUACAUUCAUUCAUACAUUUCAUGUAGCGUGAGCAAUAUACAUAACAUG